CUGUCUCAGCUGAACCAUAUUAAUAAACAACAGUCCAGGCCGCUAUGCCUUUUGAAACCCAGUUCUGAAGCCCUGGACAGGGUUUGGGGAGGGGCCUGGUCCGAAUCCUGGGCUGUGUCUGCGUGAAGGGCUAGAUAGGCAGGGCACCAUCAGCCUCACACAGCAGCGUCCGGGUUGGAGCAACUCAGGUUGCAAGCGUUUAUGAUUUGCUGUGAUGGAGGGCCCCUUAGCCAAUCACCUCUAAACAAAGCCAUGAGGGGGCGUGGCAACUGGCCCAGAACCAAUGCACAGGCAAGGGUGGGACCAUAGGGCGGUGACAUCCUCGCGCCAAUCGGAAGUGCUGGAGAGUGGGCCUGAUGGUCGGAGGUCGGCUACGGAGCCAUGAAUAUCUUGCCCAAGAAGAGCUGGCAUGUCCGAAACAAGGACAAUGUCGCCCGCGUGCGGCGCGAUGAGGCCCGGGCCCGGGAGGAGGAGAAGGAGCGUGAGCGGAGGGUGCUACUCGCUCAGCAAGAGGCCCGCACAGAAUUCCUACGGAAGAAAGCCAGGCACCACAACUCACUGCCUGAGCUGGAAGCAGCAGAUGCAGGAGCUUCAAGUUCUGGGCCUGUGGACCUGUUUAGGGAGUUGCUAGAAGAAGGGAAAGGAGUACCCAGAGGCAAUAAAGAACACGAGGAAGAGAAGCGACAGGAGAAGGAGAGGCAAGAGAAAGCACUAGGCAUCCUGACGUACUUGGGCCAGAGUGCAGCAGAGGCCCAAACUCAACCUCCUUGGUACCAGCUCCCCCCAGGGCAGGGGGGCUGCCCUCCAGGCCCAAGCCCAGACGAAAAGAUCAAGAACCGGUUGGACCCCUUAAGAGAGAUGCAGAAGCACCUGGGAAAGAAAAGGCACAGCAGUGAAAGCCAUCCUUCUAGAGAGGAGCGGCCUCAGAAACAACGGCCCAGAGAGCCACCUUCCCUACAACAGCUCCGCACUGAGCGUCUUCAGCGGGAGGCAGCUGAGAGGGCUCGAGCAGAGGCCCUGCUGGCCCGGGUACAAGGCCGAGUGUCCCAGCAAGGCCAGGCAGAAGUGGAAGAGACAGAUGAAAGGAGGCGGCGGUACAACUCCCAGUUCAACCCCCAGCUGGCUCGGCGCCCCCGCCAGCAGAACCCCACUCCUGCCCACUGACUCCUGGGGGACAGGAGAGGCUGCAGCUGCCAGCAGUCAUAUAAAACUAUUUAUUCAUAAAUAUUUUCCAAAAUGAAAAUAGGUUUACCAAAAAAUGUCCCUCACUGGGGAGGGGAGGAAGGGGCAGCCCUCGCCCCCAGGCCCCCAGGGGAGGGCAGAGAGGAGGAGAAAGCCUCCCUGCCCUUUCCCUGCUUCCUGGGGGGGAGGGUGCCUCAUGGCCUUGGGCCUCCCCCAGUCUUCCAGGGCAGGGCCCUCACCUGGGCAGGGGGAUCAGCAUGCGGGGGAGGGGUCAGGUAGAGGGGCCGGUGUCACUGGAGGUCCCGGUCCUCCAGGUAGCGGUACUCAAAGGUGAAGCCUUCCUUCUUCCGCUGGCCCCACUUCUCGUAGUCAAAGUAGAUGUAGGUGCCCUGGCCGGGGAAGAAGGUGGUCAGUGAGUGGAUGAGGAGGGAGGCUGAGAUCUGGGCCAGGCAGACGGACACAGAGGCAGUUGUCAGGGACAUGGAGGUGCCAGGCUGAUUUGUCCUACAUGCUUCCACACUGUCACACUCCAACCUCGGUGACUUUAGAGUGGAAAAGGGAGACACAGAGAGGACCUCAGCUAAGUACAAACAGCCAUGAGGCCUAGGCUUAUGUUCAGACAGUGGGGAAUGUUGACCGACAGGUGGCCUACAAUGCAACAGAUGCUGCAUCUAUAUCCAAGUGCUCUGCAGGGACACACACUUCAUUGUAACUGAGAUUCUGAGUGACUUCAGUGCCCUGAGAUGCAUUAACGUCGAGAACCAAACCAAGGUGAGACAGGAAGUCUGAAGUCAAAGUUGGAGAGGAUACAGAAAGAAAGAAGCUGGGUCAAGUGUCUGAAAUGCUUCAAAGUGGUCUGGCAAAGUGGAGGGGAUGGGCAGAGUUCUGUGAGAAUGGGACCAAUGAGGACCAGUUUGGCACCUGGAAGUGUAGGUAGGGAAAAUGUGUGCAGGGAAAGCCACUGUGGAGCACACCAACUGAAAGCAAUUAAACAAGAACAAAAACCUGUGACGCUCACUGUAUGGCAGGCACCAUUAGUACUUACAUGUUAACUCAUUUAAUCCUUGUAACAACUGCUUGAGAUGGGUGCUGUUAACUCCCAUUUUUACAGAUAGACAAACGAAGAGAGGUUCUAUUGACUUGCCCAAUAUCAUUCAGCAAGAGCUAGGCUUAAACCCUUAUCAGCCAGCUUUGGGGUAUUUAGGGAGAGUGGAGUUUCAACUGGCUGCCUAAACAGACUUUCUUCCAAGUACGCUCAAGUCCCUCCCUGCUCUGCUGGUUGCCAGGAAAUGAAGACGGGGCCACUGAGGUCAGGUUUGGGAGAUGCCAACUAGAAACCCCACACUCCUAACUAAAGUACCCAGGCUGCAUGGUGGAGGCCGAUUAGCAGCUCUAGGACAGUUUCUCUCUGGAAGACGUAACAAUGGCUCAGCCCUAAAGCACUAAAACUCGGAUAAAUGGAGAGGGAUAGCAUCCCAGGCCAGGUGAACAGUGUGGGAGGCCAGUUUGGUCAGUCAACAGGACUGUUCUUGAAGGUCAAAGGCCAGUAGGACUGGGCUUGGGGACACUAGCCAUACCCCAGUGGGACCAGGGUGGGCGGGGCCCUCACCUGCUCAAACUCAUCUGUGAUGGUCUUGGGCUCCUCGUGCCUCUGGAACCACAUCAUGUACUUGGUGUGGAAUCGCCAGGACUGCUUCUUUAGGGCCUUGGCUGCCAAAUACUGUGCCUUGGUUCCCUGGGAGAGAAAACGCAGAGGAAGAUCAGGGGGUAUCCAGAUUGGGUAGGGAACAGGGGAACAGGGCAAGGCAUCAGGGCUGGACCGGCCCCCACAACAGACCAGCUGGGGUGGAGUCCACUUGGAGACAGUGCUGGGAGCACAGAACAUACCAUGGCCAGAAGAAAAAUGAAACAGGUGAGGUAAGAAUUGCUUUCAGAAAAGCUCCGAGACAGAAGAAACUAAUGCACAAUGAAAGCUGAGAGGAGACUAUGUAGAAAACUGCAGGGAGAUGGGGAGGGCUGGCUCACUGCAAUCAGAGGUCUCUAGGGAGGCCUUCGGAGCGCCUACUGCACUUCAGAGGCUAUCCUAAACUAAAGGGCUUACCAGGAGCUGAGAGCUCUUGGCAGUGGAGUGGAUAGGGCCUAGGCCUUGCAGCCUCUCCCUGAGACUGAGCAAUUGUAAUGCCUUGGGACUGGACAGGUUUGAUUUGAGGGGGCCAGGGAUGGGGAGGGGUGCGGUCCCAGUGGCCGCAGUGGGACACCCACCUCGCCCCUCCAGCCCGAGGGGGGAUGGCAGCGGUGGCGGCGGAGCUGGGGGGCCCGAGGCUGCCCCGGGGGCCCUGCUGUACCUCCAGAUAGUAGAAGAUGAAGAAGAGUGUCUCAGUUGACAGGCGCUGGUAGAACUCCACUGUGUCCGAGUGUGGGGGUGGCAUCUGGUGGUGGUAGGGGGGCGUCGGGCAAGGGUUCCGGGGGAGGUACUGCCUGUGAACCAGAGGAUUUAGCGCCAGGUGACUUCCAGUUCCUGCCCUGUCCUCAGGAAGGUGUUCAGAAGCACACUUCAACCUGCUAUAUAGGGAGCCCCAGCCAAGUCCUCUACACUUUGAGUACUCUACCUAGUCUCUCAGGACCCAGGAACCAGCUCCUCCCUCAGACUGUGGAGUCCCGGUCCCCAGCCCCUUUCUGCAGCCCCUCACCGAAUGCGCUCAGAGUCAGAGGGGUGGGGCAUGUGGUGCCAGGCGGCCUCUUCCAUGGCCUGCUGGUAGAGCUGCUCCUUGGUGAGGGACACCGGCCCCAGGGGACAUACGCCCAGUGACAAUGGUAUGUUCACCUCUGACAACUGCAGGGGUGGCUGGGCUGAGGUGGGGGGUGCUGAUGUGCUGCUCAGGAUGAUGUCUGUAGGGAGGGAUGGGGCACCAGGCCCCUCAAUGAUGAGGAUGGGAUCAGUUCCUCCUUCUUGGCUUUUGCCCUCCCCACCAUUCCAUGACUGUCACCUCGCUCUGUUAAGUGUAACGUUGGCACAGGGUCCUCAAUACCAGAGCUGAUAGCUGCCCGUUCCGCCAUGGAUUUCAGAGAGCUCAGAGGUUCAGGGGCCUGGAAAGAGAAAGGGAAAAGCCUCAGGACCUGGAGCAGAGACUGGGCUACAUAAAAAUGCAAAGCCUGAUGGGACCUGUACACCCUGCCUACUCUUCUGUUGCCAGUUCCCUAUUUGCAAGAUCUACCCAUAUUGUGCUAAAACACCAUGGCUGUAAGGAAGCUGCAAAUCUGAAGUCACCAUCAGAACAUGGUCCACUGACUCUCCAGUGUGUAAUUCUGUUCAGCGUCCAUGACACAUUCCAGAGGAAAGAAUACCCUACAAAACAUGGUGGACAGGCCAUAGCACAUACUUCCACAAAGACACCACAUGCUGGGGAAAUGCCCACUGGACUGCCCACAGUAAUAUGGCAUCUUGAGGGAGGUAGCUGGCAGGGUUGCAGGCUCUGCUGUUGCCUUAAGGAAGUCGGCCAUCCCUUGGGCAUUCAGUCUCCUUGGGAACAUCAGUGGGUUGGGUCUGCAGCCCCCACACUGCUUUCCCUGGUGAAGCAGCUUAGGGCUGGCUCCUCUUCUACCCACUCCGUACAACCCUUCCAUUACCAAAGCCCACCCACAGACCUGCAUCCCAGAUCUCUUGGAGGGACUCAUUCUGUACUAGUCACAGAUAAUAAGGUCUAGUCCUUCAUUCUCCCCCACCCCACCACAGCUCACAGGAGCCUCUCUCCACAAGGGGCCACUUUGUUUCUUCUCCCCUAAAAACCAUGCUAAAGCCCUAUCACCCACUCAGGAGAACAUCUAAGAUGCUUUUUCUUCCCUAGAAAGGUAGACACACUGGAUUUCCUGUCCCAGGAUGGGCUCAGGGUCCACAUCUGAGGAGCUCACCUUUAUUUCCGGGGUGGUGCUGAACUGUGGAGGACCAUUGAGCAGAGUGCCAGCUGCCUUGGCCUCACUGAAGCUGGGUGUUGGAGAACUGGGAGGAUUCACAGGCAGUGGCACCAAGAGGCUGGGUCCUCCUGAGUUGUUCCCUGAGCCUGAAGCCACAUUCCCAGCCCCUGCUGGGGCUGCCGUACUGGAUUCCUUCCUGGGUAAAGAACGGAGGAGACUCAGAUUAAGGUCCCUGAAGGAGGAUGGGCACAGAAAAUGGGCUCCAAAGGGGGAAGCUGAAGGGAAGACAGCUGGGGCGGGCAGAAGAGACAGCAAUCUCUGGAACCCUCUUCAGUACAACAGAGUUGGGAAUACAGGUUUUUAGGAUCCCCUAACAGCUUAAAAGAUGGGGGACAGGGUAGUUCUAGAGCAGACACUGGGGUAGAUUCAGAGUGAAUGAAGUUCCUAUCAUGGAACAAGUAACCUUGCUCAGAUGCAUAUGGUGCAAUCUCACUAGGGCUGGUAAUGUCGGGGGCAAGGGGACAAAUCUUUCAUUCAGCAUGUGUUUGGAAACAGCGGGAGUAAUCUGACGUCACGUUGGAGAAACAGAGGACUAGGACAUUUCACUUAGAAAAGGGAAAAGCUCCCACACCCAUGGAAGUCAGGUUGCCUUAGAGCACAGAACAGAAAUGGGGAGAGAGCAGUCUGAAACCUAGAGUGAAAACACAAGUAACCGAGGACAGAGCUGGGAACGCAUGUACACAGGCCCCAGGUGUAAGCAGCAGGGACAGGAGCCUUGCUGAGGUGAAGGCAGUGCGCACUGGACACUCGCUGCCCGAGAAGGGCAGGACUCAGAGCUCUGCAGCAAGGGUGGCAUGAGAGCCUGUGCCCACACCCGCCA